UGGUAACUUUCAAUAACCAGCAUAUAUAAUAGCCGCAUUACAAAAUUGAACCGGUGUCUCCUGCACAAAGUAUGUGAGUUAUGUGACCUCCCAAAAAUGUAUCGAGUGUGUUAAAAGUAACCUUGGAAAAAGUAUCUGCUAUAUAGCAUUCUAUAAGAGCUAGUUUUUUUGACUAAAAUAUGGACUUAUUGGAUACAAUAUAAUUUUUUUUUUCUUUUAAUUCAUUUACCCGAAAUAUAAUGUCUUUCCUGUACCACAUUUACUUUAUCGUCGUGAAAAAAUAUAAUAUACAAAUAUUUAUUCCAAAAACACCAAACUAAUUUGUGAAAAUAUUGUGUUGUGUUCACUUCUCUGUGAAGUGUCCAGCUAGCAUACUGGAACAAUGUGCAAUAUUUCAUGUUUUUAUAUAAAUAAGAUAGCAUAGCUUCAUAAAUGUACAACACAAGACAUUUCAUUCCUAGCCAAACAAUUAUGGUAGGCAUAAAUGCUUUUCAAAUCAUGGAUAUUAAAUAUUUAUUAUCUUUUCAUUCUUUUUAUAUAAAAGUGUUAAUUUAUAUAGUUCUUUUAUUGCUUGUGACAACUUCAUAAGUUUGUCUGCAUCAACAUUUCUGGUAUUGAACACAUUUGUUUCUGGACAUUUGUAACUUUAUUUAUAUAUAUUAAGCUGUGAAUUUCUAUAUUACAACUUAUAUACAUCAUAGCUGGUCUUUGAAUACCAUUUGUACCUUGCACAGUGAAGUCGUUUUUUUAAAGGCAUUAUACAAUAUUUUUUAUAUAAACAUCAAUGACGUUCUUUAUCUGUAAAAAUGUCAUAACUUUUGUUGACAUCAGUGUGUGAAAAAUCAUGUUAAAACACAGAAGCUUUUGAAUGCAAAAAACAUCUUUAUAUUUAUUUUUUAUUACUUGACUGAUACACGGAAGAGUUAUAUGAAAAAUGCAAUGGUUUGAUUUGUUUAUGGCUCAUAAAACAGGGAUUUUUAUGCACCCAUUCUUUGGUUUUUGGAGGGCAAUAAUAUAAUGAUACCAUAAGAACACAAGAUAAUGUCUAUAAUUUUUUUUAUUAUUUGCAUAUUCUUUAAUAUUUCUUUAAGAACAAAUGAACAGCUGAUUUGCCAUAGAGAGUAUAUAUGCGCUACUGGAUACGGUGGUAGAUGCAAUUAUAUAUUAUAUAUGUAAUGUACUCUUUAAAUGAUAUAAAACUGUCUUUAAAAGCUCUGCUAAAAUUCAGACAAUAUUGACAUCGAAAAACAAAUGCCAACUACCACCACUAAGUCAACCCGGCGUAUACAUUAUCCCAUGCAAAUGCAGCAAAAAAUAUUUUGGGGAGACGAAGUUGGGAAUCGCUACCCGCUUCGAACAACACAAAGACACCAACAUUAAAGAAAAGUGGAGCGCAUCAGGAGAUUCAUUUCACUCUAGUUCUUGUAAUGCUGGUUAUGAUUGGGACAAUGCGAAAAUGCUUAAACAAGAAUUUAAUAAAUUUGAUCGUAAGUUAUAAAGAUAAAGAACCAAUCUUGAACUAAACUGCUAAGUUGACAUGAACGCUGCUAGAAAAUAUCCACAUUGAUGCAACACAUUCCAACUGCUUGGCGAGAUUUGUGAACCAUGCCCAUCCCGGUGUGCCAAUUGUAAAAUGGUGUUACUGGUUCGUGACAAAGUGCCGUAUCUAGGCUUAAAGUCUCGAAAACUCAUAAAGACUAAUGAAGAGCUUAGAUACGAUUAUGGUGACAAAUGCAUGUUGUCUUUGAGAAAGCAGAAGAACUUGUGUGUGCCAUUACAUUUAAAAGAUAUAGAGAAUCAGCUAAAAAAGAUCUCCCAUGCAAGUAUUCUGAAACUGAAGGAAGGGCAAAAAACUGUAAUUGAGGUAGAAGUAUUAAAAGAGCCUUACAUGAUUAUCAGAGAUCGUGAAAAACCUCAAGAUGUUGCCGAUGAUGGCUUUUGUGAAUGUUGCAAGAUACGUUACACAUCACUACAACAUGUAUAUGUAUGCUAUGACCCCUUUUUUUCUUGUAGAUCAAAUCUGUUUCUUGGAUACAAGAAUUAUAUCGAUGGAAAAAUAAAAAUGAUAGUUUUUUGACAGAAAGACUCGUUUAGCUAUUGUUAUUGUUUUGAUAGCCCCUCGACAGUGAUCGUCAUAAAAGCUUCGUUACUAAAAAAAAAAAUUAUGAUAAAGUAGACCAGUUGAUAGCUAAAGAAGUUGGUUGUGGCAACUUUGUCGAAGCAUGCAAGAAGAAAGCUGCUAAAAAGUAUGUACUUAGAAAUAAUAGGAAAUGUGAUUUUAGAGAGGUAUGUUAUAUUAUAAGUAGUUACAUGAAACUACACAUUUAGUAUGUUGUAUUAGUUCAUCAAAGUGAUAAUAGUAUGACACAUUAACAGAAGUGAAUGUCAGUAAUUUAGAACAAAUCUUACGAGGAAAAGUAUUAGAAGCAGAUACGUUUUAUUCUUUCUCAGUCAUAAUAUAUAAUAGUCUUUUUAUUUUAACUAUUAGGUUUUGAUAAAGAAAAAUAAAUAUUCAGGACAUUCUCCAAAUAAAUAAUUAGCUAUCAUUUUUUGCGUGCAUUUCCGAAUAUUUGUGAAAAAACGCUAGUAUUUUUUCAUCCCACGCUAAUAUUUUUGCUUCAUAGUUUUUGGGCGUCGGUUUUUUUACUUUGAUUUCUAAGUGAUAUCCGUCGUUUCGUAGUUCAUAAGCAAAAGCGAUAUGUCCCAAUUAGAGUUAUGAUUUGUUACAUUCGCUUUUUUUGCAUCAGCAUCAUGUCAAGUACCUAUCUGUUUUUAAUAAAAAUUUCUGGUGCUGUGUAUGAAAGAAGAUUGGUCCAAACUCCAGUUAAUCUGCUAACGACAAGAUGAUCUCAUCGUUGGACUAGCAUUCAGAUUCGCGUGCAAAUUCACUAUAUCAAGUUGAGUAAAAAGAAAAUCUAGGAUGCUAAUUAGUAAUAGGACGUUAACUUUUGAGUAAGCUGGUUUUAAAUAGAAGCUUCUACAGUGAUAAAUCUAAUUGUAAGUAUUUUUAGUCUUUAAGUUACCUAGUUAGUAAACCAGCUACACAGUUUAAACAGUAGUUGCAAUACAAAUUACAACUUAUUAUUAUUAUUCAGUACAGUUUAAAGGUGUUAAAAACUCAAAGUAGUAGUAUUAUAUGACAACAUAUAAUGACCACAUACAUUUAUCGGUUAAAAAUUGAUAAUCCGUAUUAUAAUCUACAUCGAUUUUAGGUGCUGGCUUAAUUGCAAAGAUGAUUCACUAGCGAAAGUGUAGGGAGUCAGAACACUAUAUAUGGAAUAGGAACAUCUGGUUCAGAGCUGCCAAAAUUUAUCUGUUCUUCCAUCCACGAUAUUUAUUGAACAUUUGCAACAAACAUUCGCAAUAAGAUGAAAAUAAAUUUACACAAGUUAUUGACUUGAUCAAUUCAUGACUUGAAAUUCAUUAAAAGUAUUAUAGAACAUUCAAUUUAUUGUUAGGUUAUGCUAUAAAUGUUUUUCUAUUUACAAAACAUAGCAUUUUAAUUGUAAUUCAUAUUUCUUCUUAUUGGAAAAAAGAUUAUAUUUUAUUAUAUA